UCCCCGCUCCCCUCAUCCCUCCCUCUCUCCCGUCUCUCCGUCUCUCUGGUAGGUUCACAAUGGUACUGCCAGCAUCUUGCAGCACAAUGGUUGCAAGGUGGUGAGCUGGGAGGGAAGAGUGAUUCAGCAUCAGCGAGCCUCCGUUUCCGUCCAUAUUGCCCUUUUUUUUUUUACUUGUUUUUUUCGUUCUCCAUCGCUUCCCUCCUUUUAAAAAAAAGUCUUUAUUAUCAUUCAUUUAUUUUUGUUAUUAUUUGCCGCCGUCGUCAUCCGCGUGAACGUGUUUGUUACGCCUCCAGCGAUGCUCACCGCAACGUUUCGCGUCGGGAUGUUUUGAAAGGGACUGGCUCCGGACUGGGAUUGUCAUCAGCUGGCACGGAAUGGUAUUUAUGAGCAGACAUUUCUUAUAUCACUGCAGCCAACCAGUCCUGGAUGUAAAGAUAGCCUUUUGUCAGGUGUGUGUUCCUUACAGGUAAAAAAGGGUUUCGGAAAACAAGUGGAUGUGUCAUAUAUUGCCAAACAUUACAACAUGAGCAAAAGCAAAGUGGACAACCAGUUCUACAGUGUGGAAGUGGGAGACUCUACUUUCACAGUUCUAAAGCGGUACCAGAAUUUAAAGCCCAUUGGUUCUGGAGCUCAGGGAAUCGUCUGUGCGGGCUAUGAUGCUGUCCUGGACAGGAAUGUAGCCAUAAAGAAGCUGAGCAGACCCUUCCAGAACCAGACCCAUGCCAAGAGGGCAUACCGGGAGUUGGUGCUCAUGAAAUGUGUCAAUCACAAAAAUAUAAUCAGUUUAUUAAAUGUCUUCACGCCACAGAAAUCGUUAGAAGAAUUCCAAGAUGUGUACCUCGUGAUGGAGCUUAUGGACGCCAACUUGUGCCAGGUGAUUCAGAUGGAGCUCGACCAUGAGAGAAUGUCCUAUCUGCUCUACCAGAUGCUGUGCGGCAUCAAACAUCUGCACUCGGCUGGCAUUAUUCAUAGGGAUCUGAAACCUAGCAAUAUAGUGGUGAAGUCUGACUGCACCCUGAAGAUCCUGGACUUCGGUCUGGCCAGAACCGCAGGCACCAGCUUCAUGAUGACCCCGUACGUGGUGACGCGAUACUACCGAGCCCCGGAGGUCAUCCUGGGAAUGGGAUACAAAGAGAAUGUGGAUAUUUGGUCCGUGGGGUGCAUCAUGGGAGAAAUGGUGCGCCACAAAAUCCUUUUCCCUGGCCGGGACUACAUUGACCAGUGGAACAAGGUGAUAGAGCAGCUGGGCACGCCUUCUCCGGAGUUCAUGAAGAAGCUGCAGCCCACAGUGAGGAACUACGUGGAGAACCGGCCAAAGUACGCUGGCCUGACCUUCCCCAAACUCUUCCCCGACUGCCUUUUCCCCGCUGACUCUGAGCACAACAAACUCAAAGCAAGCCAGGCCAGAGACCUGCUGUCUAAGAUGCUGAUCAUCGACCCUGCCAAGCGGAUAUCGGUGGACGAGGCCUUACAGCACCCCUACAUCAACGUGUGGUACGAUCCAGCUGAGGUGGAGGCGCCGCCGCCUCAGAUUUAUGACAAGCAGCUGGAUGAACGAGAACACUCUAUAGAUGAGUGGAAAGAACUAAUCUAUAAAGAGGUGAUGAAUUUUGAGGAAAGAACGAAGAAUGGCGUUGUGAAGGGACAGCCUUCACCUUCAGGUGCAGCCGUGAACAGCAGCGAGAGCCUCCCUCCCUCCUCCUCCAUCAACGACAUCUCCUCCAUGUCCACAGACCAGACCCUGGCUUCAGACACCGACAGCAGCCUGGAGACCUCCGCGGGACCCCUGGGGUGCUGCAGGUGACUAUCCGCCUGCCUGCGCAACCCCAUGUUCUUCCGAAGGUGAAGAACCCCAACGGAUAUGGCCGACGAAAAUUUCAACAGUGUAAAAAAAAAAAAAAAAA